GUGAUCUUUGCCAUGAGCCUGCGAUCUUACUCGUGAUCCUCAAAAUGUCCAGUCAAACACCAUUAUACAAGCCCCUCCCGGCCCCCCGGCGCAUAGUCACAACUCACAACGCCGCAGGCCAAGCGAUCCUCAUCACCGACCUCGCCUCCGAACUCCCCAAAGGAUCCGUCCCGGGAACAGACCUUUACCUGGCCUACUCCUCUCCCUCCCUCCCCGCUCCGCUCCCCAAAGACGCCGAUCUGAAUGCCUACAAGACCCACCUUACCUUGAAGCCGCCCCUCGAAAUCGGCAUCGACAUCCCGGGAGGCCUCGCCGCCCGCGUCGUUGAUUUCCUCCCCGGUGGGCCCGGCGCGCCAAUGCAUCGGACCGAGACCUUGGACACGGGUGUACUUGUCGAGGGCGAACUGGAGCUGGUGCUGGACAGCGGGGAGACGGCUGUGCUCAAGAGGGGAGAUGUGUAUGUGCAGAGGGGCACGAUGCAUGGGUGGAGGAAUGUGAGCGAGACAGAGACCGCGAGGUUGUUUGUUGUGCUUACUGCGGCGGAGAUGCCUGUCUUUGGCGGGGAGAAGCUCAAGGAGGUUAUGCCUGUCCCUCCCACCGAUUCGGGGGCCGAGUAGUGUCGGUUGAGAGAUCUUUCUCGUAUGUUUCGAUGCGCGAUGAUAAAGUUUCGGUCGCAAGAACGGUUGAUGUAUGGGGGUGUUUUUCAUCUUGAGUGGAGGCCCGAAUCCGUCGCCGUCGAGCUGCACGGUAGCUUUAACACACUACAGGAGGUCAGUGUAGUAACGAAGGUGCAGGAUUAAGCGUUGUCGAAUUUCUUGAGUCUUAAAGUAGGAGGACUAUUAAGUGUCCAUAUUG